UCUCCUUUAUCUCUCAGUCUGAUCCAAAACAACUCUUAUCUGUCUCUCUAAUUUUUGAUCUCUCGUCUUAGCCUUUACGUGUUGAAUGGGUUAUCUUCUUUAAUCUCCAAUCGAAUUGGGUUUUGAUUUCUUAUGUUUUUCGUUUCUUUAAUUUGAUUUGGAACCUGGAAUUUAAUUUUCUUCUAUGAUCAGAUUUUAGGGUUUGAGUAAGCGCACAGUUUAGGGAAAGGGGAGACAGUGGGUGUUUCGAAGAGCAGAGGGAGAUAAUGCCUUCGAUGCCCAUAAAAGUACUUUUGCUUCCUUUAGUUCCUUCUUUAACUCUGUUUCAUGGCUCUCAUCGUCUGAAACGGCUCGAAAAGGGUAAUCGGCGUGGUAAUCUUAGUUAACAUUAGAUUUUUUUUUUUUUUCAAAGUUUCUCUACCUCUUUUAGCUCUCUCCAGUUUUUUGUCGUUCUGUUUUCUGGGUUUCUGCAAUAGCAGCGAUUUGUCACGUUUCUUUAUUGGGUUUCUUGUGAUAGCAUCGUUUUGUGGAGAAAUUAGAAUCGGAGAUAGAGAGUCGGGUUUGGAGGAUUUUCCGACUCUUUGAUAAAAGUUAUUGAUAAGAGCUCUAAGAGUUUACUUCUAUUAUUUAUUGAUGGACAUGAUCUCUGGUCGGCCAGUUGGUAGUGGUGUUCUGGUUGAUGAAAUUGAAAGCAAAUUUUCCAAUUUUGUGCGCGUAGAAGAUGUUCAAGAAACAUUUGUAUCUGAUGGAGAUGAUAAUAGUGAUGCAGAGGAGGGAUGUGAAGAGCUAGAACCAUAUGGGCCUGAACUGGUUAGCAAGCGCCCAGAAAAUUGUGCUGCUGACGAAGAUAAUGAACCUGAAACGGCAUUGGAGCUACUGUUCUCUGAGCAAUCUGUACAGAUCUCAUUACCACUUGUUUCUGCUAUGAAAGGCAGCCGAGAAAAACUGGGAGCAUCCCCCAGGAAACUGACUGUGUCAUGGGCUCCUGAUGUGUAUGAUCCAAUUCCCAAUUCAUUAUCUCACACUGUUAAAGGCAAGCAGAAGAAGUCGAGGAGAGAUAAAGACAAAGACAACAACAAUAACUACAAGAAAAAUGGAAAGAAGGGACAGAAGGGCAACUCACGAGGAGGUGCUGGUGGUAAAGACAAGAAGCAGUUACGCAAAGCUGGUGGGAGGUCAAACAAGGGUUAUAAAACCCUAAAUACUUGUGAUGGAAUGGUCGACUCCUCUGACGAGCUUGGUGAAUUUGAUGUUGGUAGCCCGGACUAUUGUGGGAGUAGCUUCCUGAAAAACUCUCCCACAAAGUUUCACUACUCUGUUGCGGAGGCAUUGUGAACUCACAUCUCAGUUCUGCUUUAAGAUUUUGUGAAUAAAUAAAUUUUUGAAAAUGUGAAGCUAUGCUACGUACUUAAUCAAUCAUUUUGUUUAUGCUAUAACUAGAUAUUGAACUUCUAAAACUAGAUAUGAAACUUGUGUUGGGUUUCUGGUGCUUGUUUUGCAUUCUAUUAACUAUCAAAAGUUAUUAAUUUGCUGGCAGUAAGUUGUUAAUUU